ACACACUGCCUGCUCUCAGUGGUGUCUCUGCCUGCGAGCGGCUCGUCAGGAGGGAAGUGUCUCUGCAGCAGCAGCAGCAGCAGCGCUGCAUGUGGUGCUGAUGCUGCGCGCUCCUGAGCCACAAAAAGCCUCUCUGGAGUCUGAAGACCAAUCAGAGCGCUUAUCAGUCUCCACCAUCCCGUCUCUCUCCGGCGCACUUGUUCACCACGCUCCCUCGGCUCUCUCUCACACACUCCGUCCUCCUGCCUCUGACAGAAAGAUGGUACCGUGCACAGUGCGUCCUGCACGCGGACCGGAGGUGUCACUGACCCACUCGCUGCGGGACUUUUAAACUCACCAUGCCGUAUUACGUUAGGUUUGUGCUUUUACUUCUGUGUCUGGUCGUGAUCGGGGAGUGCAGGAAACACAAAAGUAGGAAAAAGCGCUGGUCCGCGCCGGCGGAGACGCACAAGCCUGGAACGCCUCUGUCAAAGAAGGUUGCGGAUGGAACCAAAAGCCGGAAGGUGAAGACCAGCCACCUUCUGCGCAUAGACGAGCAUGACUUUACCAUGAGGCCCGCCUUUGCAGGUCCGGCUGUGCCUGUUGGAGUUGAUGUUCAGGUGGAGAGCUUGGACAGUAUAUCAGAGGUAGACAUGGACUUCACCAUGACCCUGUAUCUAAGGCACUACUGGAAGGAUGAGAGGCUGGCUUUCCCAAGUUCCACCAACAAGAGCAUGACCUUUGAUGGGCGCCUGGUGAAGAAAAUCUGGGUCCCUGAUGUGUUCUUUGUCCACUCCAAGAGGUCUUUCAUCCAUGACACCACCACUGACAACAUCAUGUUGCGGGUCUUCCCAGAUGGUCACGUCCUGUACAGCCUGAGGGUUACAGUCACUGCUGCGUGCAACAUGGAUUUCAGUCGUUUCCCUUUGGACUCGCAGACUUGCACGCUGGAGCUGGAGAGCUACGCUUACACGGACGAAGACCUGAUGCUGUACUGGAAGAGCGGUGAUGAGUCGCUGAGCACUGAUGACAGGAUUUCUCUGUCUCAGUUCCUCAUCCAGAAGUUUCACACUACCUCCAGACUGGCUUUCUACAGCAGCACAGGCUGGUAUAACCGUCUGUACAUCAACUUCACUCUGCGGCGGCACAUCUUCUUCUUCCUGCUGCAGACCUACUUCCCCGCCACUCUCAUGGUCAUGCUGUCCUGGGUGUCCUUCUGGAUCGACCGCAGGGCCGUCCCUGCCAGAGUCUCAUUAGGUAUAACCACAGUGCUCACCAUGUCCACCAUCAUCACUGGAGUCAACGCCUCCAUGCCCAGGGUCUCCUACAUCAAAGCUGUGGACAUUUACCUCUGGGUCAGUUUCGUCUUUGUCUUCCUCUCCGUGCUUGAGUACGCUGCCGUCAACUACCUGACAACAGUGAGGGACGGUAAAGACCGCAAGCUCAGAGAGAAAGUCAGGGAACAGUCCCAGACACUCCCCUGCACCUGUGGCAUGUCCCACGCCAGGACCAUGAUGCUGGAUGGUACAUACAGCGAGGCAGACGCCAACAGCUUGGCGGGGUACACGAGGGCCUCUAUGGCGGCUGAGGACGCGUCAGAGAAACAGGAGCGAAUGGUGGUACACCUCUCUCUGGACAACGAGCCCACUGGGACCAAGAAAAAAGGCAUCCGUGGCUUCCGGAUCAUCCAAAACACCCACGCCAUCGACACCUACUCUCGCAUGAUCUUCCCCGGCGCCUACAUCCUGUUUAACCUGAUUUACUGGUGUGUGUACUGCUGAACUGUAGCAGUAAAAGAAAGAACUGCAAAACCUUUUGGUUGACCUUAGAAGAGAGAUUGAGUUGUUUCCAUCCUGCAUGUUCAGGAGUGGCAGUGGCCAUCAGAAGCUUCAGUGGGCAAUCAAAGGCUUCUGGGUCUGAAUAUCUCAUAACACUGGACUGGACCUCUUAUACAACUUCUCGCUCUUUUACAUAAUCAUAUCACAAGCUCAUAUGUACCCCGGUUAGACUGCAGCAACCUUGUGGGGCUGGUUGCACAAGUUUUGCUCUUAGACUAGUCUGUACAAAAAUAGAAGCAAACUAAUUUUAAGGCUAAAAUGUUACCCCAAGGCUAUGGCAAUGGUAUCCCUGUUGACUCUGCCCACACCAAAGCAGAGAUGACUGCCUACCAGAUACCAUGAUGUUUUAAAGCUUUUGUAGCAAAUUUCCUGUUUGUUUGCCAUUAACUGUUAACACCGUUCAGUUUUUUAUGCCCCUUUGUCUUUCCAUUCAAAAAUGUUGUACACUCAUCGCUGAAUUUUUAAGUUGAACAUCCCAGUAUGUUUUUUUCACAAUUUGAAGAAAUAUUUCUGCUUUAACAGGGUUCCCACGCAUCCUGAAAAACCUGGAAAUUUAGAGACCAGUUUUCCAGUCAUGGAAACACCUGGAAAUUGAGUAAAAUGACCAGAUAUCCUGGAAAUAAUCUAUGUUGUCCUGGAAAAUUGUAUUUUAGGUCUAUGUAAACUAGUUGCGUAUUUUUUUACUCUUUUCUGUGGCGUAGAUUCUUUUUUUUCCAGAGCUGCAAGCAGAGGGAGGGAUUUGUUUGUUUUUUCUGGAAAAUGAGACAUUUUCUAUCUCUGGAACUGCUCUUGUUUUUAAGGUUUAACUUCAGCUUCAGUCAAAAUGCAUUGUUCAUAUUUCAAGUAACCCUAAAUGCAAAAAUUCAUAAAGAAAUAUUCCUAAACCUAUGGGCUCCACUGCCAUUUGUGUUAAUCAACAUUAGAAUUAACAUAAAACAGCACUAUAGCUGCAAGUAUUGCAAAAUACAAAUAAAUAAGUUCAUUGCCUGUGAUCUGUCUACUUAGAACAGCCUCAGAAGUGAUAUUUGACCAUUCUUCAUGUUACAGCCAAAACAAAUGAAAUUGGUUAAAGCGAGUAAUUUGGAGUUUUCAGUUUCUUCUGUCUCCACUCGGUGUAUCUGGUCUCAAGUGAGUCCUGACUUGUGGAGUGCUUAUUAAGCUCAUGUAUCACCCACAUCCGCUUUGAUGAGAGUAGUGUCCCGCUGACAAAAGGGCUCAACUCCCAUCUUGACUGGUUUCAGACUUUUAUGAGCUUAAUAUAUCUAUCACUGCUUGGCUACAGAAGGCCCUCACCUGCAGCCUCUGAACACUAACGCAGUAUGGAAUCUGUCUCAUCUUCAUAGAAUGAGUUUGAAAACGCCACAUUUAUUUAUACAAGGAAGGAUAUUCAGAUACCACUUCCAUGAGACGGUUCUCAGCAGAGCAAGUGCUGUCCUGAAUUCUCAAGAAAACCUCCUGAUAUAUGUCCUGAAAAAUAAUUUCUUAAAGGUCCAGUGUGUAUGAUUAAGCGGCAUCUAGUGGUUUAGUUGCAGAUUGCAACUCACUUGCUUCACCCUCCGCUGCCAAACGUGAAAGAGAAACUAUGGUGGCUGUGAAACGUGUGAAAAAUGUAAAAAGCCCUAUCUAGAGCCAGUGUUUGGUUUGUCCUUUCUGGGCUACUGUAGAAACAUGGCAGACUCCAUGGAAGGCGACCCACUGUGUUAUUUUCAGGUGAUUAUUCACUAAUGAAAACCAGUGAAUAUUAUAUUCCAUUUCUGGCAAUAGAUCCUCCUAAAUGUUACACACUGGACCUUUAAGAAGAGUGGGAACCCUGUUUUUAUUUCUGUAAAUUGACAUCCUGUACAGUACCAUCUCAUCCAUUUUUCAGGCUAUGUCUCUGUUGCUGUUUUUCAUGGAUGUAUCUAGGAAGGUAACUACGUAGAAAGACAAUGACCCCAUUUGCCCUCAAAACCUUUUAUGAACUGCUUCUUCAACCUGGGGCAAACAGCUGUUCAUGAGUUGCUGGUGCUAAUCUACAAGUCUGGAACAAGACUACAGAAGACCUUCACAGCAAGCUGAAAAACACAAACCGCGUACAUCUUGUCACCUUGUAAAGUUUUUUUGCAAACGUGUUAGCAAUCAGUUGCUUCACAUCCAACGGGCACAGUAACAUUUGGUUUCUGGUCAAAUUUACGUGCUCUAUGUUGGUCUCCACCCAUUACUAAGAAACAGAUUUGUCUCUUUAGCAGAUAAACUGUGCUCCACUGUGUUCACCAGCUAGUUGUCGCUCUGCCAUCUGGAUCUCAGCAUGGUUAAUAUAUUAAAAAAAUAUAGCUUGAUAACUGAGAACGUAUUUGUCCAUCUGAACCUGGACUGUUAGAUCUGAGCCAUAGUCGAAUCUUUGUGCAACCAGCCCCUGCCUGGACUUCCAUAAAUAACACUCUCCUCUCUGAAGCUCUCUAUCUUCAUGUUCAGACUGUCAAAAUAAUAAGAGCAUAUAAUUUGGCUGCUAUUGCCUCUGUAACCUUUAGAGCUAGCUGAGUCACAUUACUGAAUGUGUCCAGAGCAGAUGGCUAAUGAGGCAGUAAGUGAGCUAAAUACCAGGCUUUCUUCCCUUAACAGCACUACGACUACAGUGACAACAUUUCGAUUAAAGUGACAGUAAAUGCUGCUGCCCUGUAUUACUCAUGGACUACUGUUGGCAUUAACCAGACGGAAGUAACCCAUAAAGCCAGGACUAAACGGGAUCUUACCACAUUAUGGCUUUUAAAGCACCGCACUCCACAGCUGCUGAGCAAAGUCUUUGUCUGUUUAUGUAUUUACUGGCUUAUUCAUUUCUCUGAUUACAUAUUAAUUUAUUUUUAGUGCAGCAACAGAUCCAUAUGCCAUUAUACCUUAAGUUGGCAAAGAUGCACGUAACAGGGCUUGUACAGAACUGCUUGAUGCAUGCUGCAGAUGUGCAAUACUUUAUCUUUCUAGUUGUAUAUUUCUUAGAAAGGACUGAAAAACAUGGAAAGCUUUACCAGUGAUGUAACCAACUUAAACCGCCUUAAGUGAAAACAAUUUUAUACAUCAACAUGGUUUAAUGUAUUUUGUUUGUUUGUUUGUUUGUUUGUUUGUUUGUUUGUUUGUUUGUUUGAGUACCAUGAAUGACUGCAUAGUGAUUAUUGGGGUUUACUAAGCAGUAUUCCAUCCAGUUUAGCAUUUAAUCAUGUGAGUAAAUAGUAAGCUGCGUUAUGAGGAUUUCACCCAUCACAAGCGCUGCGGUUUCAUUCCACAAUUCUGGUUUAAGAGUCAGUUUUUAAAAAGCAGCUUCAAAAAUAUCCACUUUUUAAAGGAAUAGUUUGGCAUUUGAUGGAAUUAAUUUAUUCUCUUUCUUGAUCAGAGUUAGAUGAUGAAUUUAUAUCAAUUGAAUGUCUGUGCACAUUAGCCUGGAAGCAGAGGGGAACAGCUAGCCCACCAGUUAAACAUACUGUAAGGAGUUUUUAACUGGUUAUGAAACAGUGUCAAUUUAAUACUGAUGUCUCUAUAUGACCUACUGAAACAAACAAGACUAUCAGAGAGAAGACUGACUAUUUCUAUACAGUUAUUUUUAAUGCUUGCCGUCAGGUUGGAUUCCCCUUGAAAUCAAUGAAACAAGGCAGCUUGUGUCCACAGUUGCCGCCAGAAUUAACACAAAAUAAAAUCUCCUUGUAGGGGCUCACGUUUCAUCUUGUUUGUUGAAUCAGUACUUGCUAGUAAAAAAAACUUGGGGAGAGACUAGCUUGACAUUGAAGUUGCAUUGAACUGAGUCUUUUUGAUAAGUUGCAGGGGCGUUUCCAGAGGAGCAGCCUGGGGUGGCACUGGCCACACUGAAAUCUUAUUGGCCACCCCAUCCUCGUUACCUCUUCCACUGGCACUGUCUCUCAGGCUGUAGCCAGAAUGAAGAUGCUAGCAUGUUAGGACUUGGGGUAAAUAACACUCCCAACUUAAGCUUUAUUUUUGUGAUGGAAAAACUGGCAUGGCCAUUUUCAGAGGGAUUCCCUGACCUCUGGCCUCAAGAUAUCUGAAUGAAAAUGGGUACCCACAAAUCUCCCUUUUGCAGACAUGCACACUUUAUGUUAAUUCCAUGCAGUUCUAUAUAAAAACUGUGCAGUUUUUUUGGUAUGUGUUAUUUAGUGUACUUAAAUAUUUCUGCAUACUGGGGUCCAUAAACAGUGUUGGAAUUGUAUAAAUUAGGAAUGACGGGAAAAGGAGAGACACACUUCAUGCCACCCCUGCAUAAAUCAGUUCCCCACGCAGUCAAACAAACUCUGUGUGCUUCACUAAGGAAAUCUUUUGUAAAUAUCAAGUAUACCCUGCAGUUUUCCAAAGUACAUCUAGGAGUACACAUACCCCCAUUUAAGAAACACUGCUCCACACUAUUUUCAUGAAUGUAGCUUGGUAGCUGGUCCGCUAUGUGUCAAGAUAAGGUCCCCGUCCAUGUUCCACCUACCAAGCUACAUCGGAUUGGUCAGAUGUUUGGAAGCAGCUGUCAGUGCGCAGGACACAUUUGACUCCACAAACAAAUCAGAGGUCAUUUAGGAGCCUUGAACCAGGCUCAGCUGGCUGUAUCCCCCUUCUUCCUGUCUUUUUGCCAAGCUAGGCUAACCACUUCUUAACCCUAGCUUCAUACGUAUUGCACAGAUACGAUACAAGUGGUAUUGCUCUUUUCAUCACUCUAGGCAAGAAAGUGAAAAGGUGCUCUUUGGAAAAAGGUCAAACCCUUUCAAAGCCAAGGUCUCAAACUGAAAACCAAUAAUGCGCUUUAGCUUCAUGGCAGCAUUCAUUUGCUAAACUAAAUGUGAUAUUUCUUCAUUUAUUAACUUUUUAUUGGUAUAUAUCAUUUAGAAAUUAAACUCUUAAACAGCAAGUCAAAUGUUGUUUUUCCAGUGCAAAAAGACAAAACCAGAAUGACGAGCACGCUUGCAGAUCCGUCAGCUUCCAAACCAACAUCACUUCUACCUUCAUCUUCAGAAAAUGUUCCGAAUGUAAUGCUUUCAGAGCAAAUUUCAUAAAUAAAGUCUUUCUUUCACACA